GCAGGCGGCGCCUCCGUCCGGCCGAACAGCAGCGAGCGGCGCAGCGCGGAGAGACGGACUUUCUCAUCUUUCCGAUUCUUUUCGUUUCAUUCCUCUGUCGUUUGUCAUGAUCGGCGGCCCGAAGCCCGGAUCCGCCGCCGUCCUGUAGUCCGGCGCCGUCGGUCCCGCCGGUUCUGCUCUCUCGGCUCUUUAUUCUCGGCGACCGGGUGUUGGAGGCUCCGGUGGGGUCCGGUGGAGGACGGUGGAGGACGGUCUUACGCACUCGGGGAGGAAACGGAAAAUGUUAGAGAAAUGAUCGCUGCUCAGGAUUUACAGACGGACUUCCACUACCCUCAUGAAGCCGACACUCAGCUGUCUUCCGAUACGGACUUGGAGGAUCCUGAGGUCCGUAAUGCCAAAUCAGGGAAAGGAAAGAAGGGUAAGAAGGUUCCAGGUGAGAAAGGUAAAGGUGUGCUAGUUCGUGCGCCGGGUCGAGUGAACGGCCACCAUCAGGAGAACGGCAUGGAGAACCUCAGCCUGUUUGAGAUCGUUAAACUGGGCAAGAGCGCAACACAGUCGGUUGUGGACGACUGGAUCGAGUCGUAUAAGACUGACCGAGACGUCGCUCUACUGGAGCUCAUUAACUUCUUCAUCCAGUGCUCAGGCUGCAAAGGUGCCGUGAGUUUGGAGAUGUUCAGACACAUGCAGAACUCGGAGAUCAUCAGAAAGAUGACGGAGGAGUUUGAUGAGGACAGUGGUGAUUACCCCUUCACGAUGGCUGGGCCCAUGUGGAAGAAGUUCCGGUGGGGUUUCUGCGAGUUCAUCUCUGUGUUGGUGCGGCAGUGCCAGUACAGCAUCAUCUACGACGAGUACAUGAUGGACACUGUCAUCUCCUUACUGACCGGCCUGAGCGACUCGCAGGUCCGAGCAUUCAGACACACCAGCACGCUCGCAGCGAUGAAGCUGAUGACCGCACUGGUGAACGUGGCUCUGAAUCUGAGCAUCAACAUGGAUAACACGCAGAGGCAGUACGAGGCCGAGCGCAACAAGAGCCUCGGAAAAAGAGCCAACGACCGGCUGGAGCUGCUGCUGCAGAAACGCAAGGAGCUCCAGGAGAACCAGGACGAGAUCGAGAACAUGAUGAACGCCAUCUUUAAAGGAGUGUUUGUCCACCGAUACCGUGAUGCUAUUGCGGAGAUCAGAGCGAUCUGUAUCGAGGAGAUCGGCGUUUGGAUGAAGAUGUACAGCGAUGCGUUUCUGAAUGACAGCUACCUGAAGUACGUGGGCUGGACGAUGCACGACAAGCAGGGGGAGGUGAGGUUAAAGUGUCUAACGGCUCUGCAGGGUUUGUAUUAUAACCGUGAGCUGAACGCCAGACUGGAACUCUUCACCAGCCGCUUCAAGGACCGGAUCGUGUCCAUGGCUCUGGAUAAAGAGUGUGACGUGGCUGUCCAGGCCAUUAAACUCCUCACACUGGUCCUGCAGAGCAGCGAUGAGGUCCUGACGGCCGAAGACUGCGAGAGCGUCUAUCACCUGGUUUACUCCGCCCACAGACCCAUCGCCGUGGCAGCGGGAGAGUUCCUCUAUAAAAAGCUGUUCAGUCACCGCGGUCCGGAGGAGGACGCGUUACCCCGCAGAGGCCGACAGUGUCUGAACGCAAACCUCAUCAAAACCACCGUCUUCUUCUUCCUGGAGAGUGAACUCCAUGAACACGGCGCCUACCUGGUGGACAGCAUGUGGGACUGCGCGUCUGACCUGCUGAAGGACUGGGAGAGCAUGAUCAGCCUCCUGCUGGACGAGCCCUUCCCGGGAGAAGAAGCUCUGACGGACAGACAGGAGACGGCGCUGAUCGAGAUCAUGCUUUGUGCCGUCAGGCAGGCCUGCGAGUGCCACCCGCCGAUCGGCCGCGGGACGGGAAAGAGGGUCAUGACGGCCAAAGAGAAAAAAACCCAGCUGGACGAUCGAACGAAGAUCACGGAGAUCUUCGCCGUGGCGCUGCCGCUGUUACUGGCUAAAUACUCCGUGGAUGCUGAGAAGGUCACUAACCUGCUGCAGUUACCGCAGUACUUUGAUCUGGAGAUCUACACUACUGGCAGACUGGAAAAGCACCUGGAGGCACUGUUGCGUCAAAUCCGCGAGGUGGUGGAGAAGCACACGGACACAGACGUUCUGGAGGCAUGCUCCAUGACGUUCCACGCGCUCUGUAACGAGGAGUUCACUAUCUUCAACCGAGUGGACAUCGCGCGGAGCCAGCUGCUGGACGAGCAGGUGGACAAGUUCAACCGUCUGCUGGAGGACUUCCUGCAGGAGGGGGAGGACCCUGAUGAAGAUGAUGCCUAUCAGGUUCUGUCGACGCUCAAGAGAAUCACAGCCUUCCACAAUGCCCACGACCUCACCAAGUGGGAUUUAUUCACCAGCAACUACAGACUCCUCAACACCGGCCUGCAGAACGGGGACAUGCCUGAGCAGAUCGUGAUUCACGCCCUGCAGUGCACUCACUAUGUCAUCCUCUGGAACCUGGCCAAGGUCUCCGAGGGCAGCUCCCAGAAGGGGGAGCUGGUGACGCUGAGGAAGCAGAUGCGGGCGUUCUGUUUGAUGUGUCAGAGAUACCUGAGCAGCGUCAGUAUAGCAGUUAAAGAACAGGCCUUCACUAUCCUGUGCGACGCUCUAAUGAUCUUCAGUCAUCAGAUCAUGUCGUCUGGUCGAGACGCUCUGGAGCCGCUGGUCUUCAGUCCCGACUCGUCUCUGCAGAGCGACCUGCUGAACUUCAUCCUCGACCACGUCUUCAUCGACCAGGACGACGACGGCAGCACCGACGGGCAGCAAGACGACGAGGCCGGUAAGAUCGAAGCGUUACACAAGCGAAGGAACCUGCUGGCCGCUUACUGCAAACUCAUCAUCUACAACGUGGUGGAGAUGAGCACCGGGGCGGACAUCUUCAAACAGUACAUGAGAUACUAUAACGAUUAUGGAGACAUUAUAAAGGAGACGAUGAGCAAAACACGGCAGAUCGACAAGAUCCAGUGCGCCAAGACGCUGAUCCUGAGCCUGCAGCAGCUCUUUAACGAGAUGCUGAGUGAGAUGGGCUGUAACUUCGAUCGUUCCACGUCUUCGUUCUGCGGCAUUAAAGAACUCGCCCGGCGGUUCUCCCUCACCUUCGGCCUCGACCAGCUGAAGACCAGAGAGGCCAUCGCCAUGCUGCACAAGGAUGGCAUAGAGUUUGCUUUUAAGGAGCCGAGUCCUCAGGGAGAGGGCGGACCCCCACUCAACCUGGCCUUCCUUGACAUCCUCAGUGAGUUCUCCUCCAAACUGCUGCGCCAGGACAGGAAAACUGUUCACUUGUAUCUGGAGCGGUUCAUGACGUUCCAGAUGUCUCUGCAGAGGGAGGACUGCUGGCUCCCUCUGAUCUCCUACAGAAACUCCCUACAGGCUGGAGCUGAUGACGACACCAUGUCCGUGGUCAGCGGGGUCAGCAGCCGGGGGACAACUCGCAGCAAGAAGACCAAAAUCACCCCUGCCCCCGCCAAGAGGAAACUCCCAGAGGAGGACAGCAGCUGCAGCAGUGACGCGGGGGUGUGGAUGCCCCGCGAGCCCACCGUGCAGCAGACCCCUGUGAUGAUGUCGUCGCCCCACAUGGCGUCCACUGUGCUGCGGGAGGCCAAGAAGCUCCGCCCAGACGAAGGAUACGUGGGAGUUUACACGAUGAGCAACGAGCCGCAGCACACGCCGCUGCAGCCGACGCACCAGGCCAUCGACUACAAUACGCAGGUAGCGUGGAUGCUGGCCCAGCGGCAGCAGCAGGAGAGAGCCAACAUCCAGAACGCCAAGAUUAGGAGCCACAUGCAGCAUGCCAUCCGGCGGAGCACGGGGCUGAUGGAGGACGAUGAGGAGCCCAUUGUGGAGGAUGUGAUGAUGUCAUCAGAGCAGCGUCUAGAAGACCUGAACGAGGGCAUGGACUUUGACACCAUGGACAUUGACCUGCCUCCGUCUAAAAACCGCCGCGAGAGAUCAGAGCUCAAGCCUGAUUACUUUGACCCUGCCUCCAUCAUGGACGACUCGGUGCUGAACGUCUCGAUGUUCUGAUCCGUUCUGCUCUGGUCGGUGUGGAUGAGCCAGAGACAGAGAGAGAGGCAGACAGACAGGCAGACAGACGCUCUCUUCCUGCGCGCACACUUCCUGUUUGUCCAGCUGUGGAGUCCGGCUGCUCUUCCUCCUUUAAGUCAUCAGUUUCUGCAGUUUAACUCUCGGUGCGGCGCAGCACAGCGCCCCCUGCUGGAGCGCCGCCUCGCAAACGGCCACAACACUCACCUUAACAGACAGACAGACGGCUCCAGACGCUCUUUUCUAAACGGCUUUUCUGUUUUUGUAACUUAUAGCAGAGUUUUUGAUUUGUAGGUUAUUUUCUAAAGACAAUCAGCUGUAAAUCAGAACUUUAUAGACUCGAGACGAGUGUUUAAAUCGACGUUUCUAAGCAGAUUUCCUGUGUGGGACGCGGGUUUAGAGCUUACCAUGUUUUUGUUUGUGUUUGUUUUUAUUUCUCUCUGUGGACUGAGGGUCUUCCUCGACGUACGAAACCCCACUCAGUCGCCGUGAAGUCGUCGCACUCCGGGGAGCUGCCAAUCGGGCCGGAGCGACACAUCUCCGCGUUUCUAUUGGUCCUUUACUCCGACAGCCACGGCCUAUUGGGUGAAACCUUAAAGCCCCCCCACCCCAGUGCUCGCUCAGGACGGAGCGCGUCUUCACAGAGUCGUUUAUUUUACCGAAUGAAUGAAAAACUCGCAGAGAGAAACGUGAAGUGCUCUGACUCUGAUUUACUCCAUUUAAAUUAGCUGUAUUAGGCUUUAUAAUAUAUUGUUAUAUCUCUAAAGAAUAUAAUUAUAUAUUAUAUAUUCUACACAAGCGUGUGAAAAUGUGAAUUGGUGCUGAUUUUCUGUAUUUAAGUUGUUUUCCCAUCGUAGCCGCUGAUCAGACUGUGGAUCCCACUGCAGAUCAGACUGUGGAUCCCACUGCAGAUCAGACUGCGGAUCCCACUGCAGAUCAGAUUGUGGAUCCCACUGCGGAUCCCACUGCAGAUCAGACUGUGGAUCCCACUGCAGAUCAGACUGCGGAUCCCACUGCAGAUCCCACUGCAGAUCAGACAGUGGAUCCCACUGCAGAUCAGACAGUGGAUCCCACUGCAGAUCAGACUGCGGAUCCCACUGCAGAUCAGACAGUGGAUCCCACUGCAGAUCAGACAGUGGAUCCCACUGCAGAUCAGACUGCGGAUCCCACUGCAGAUCCGACUGCAGAUCCCACUUCAGAUCAGACUGCGGAUCCCACUGCAGAUCAGACUGCAGAUCCCAUUGCGGAACCAACUGCAGAUCCAACCACAGAUCCCACUGCGGAACCAACUGCAGAUCCCACUGGGGAUCCCACUGCAGAUCAGAUUGCAGAUCCCACUGCGGAACCAACUGCAGAUCCCAUUGCGGAACCAACUGCAGAUCCAACCACAGAUCCCACUGCGGAACCAACUGCAGAUCCCACUGGGGAUCCCACUGCAGAUCAGAUUGCAGAUCCCACUGCGGAACCAACCGCAGAUCCUACUGUGGAUCCCACUGCAGAUCCCACUGCGGAUCCGACAGCAGAUCUAAUGUUUUUCUUUUCACUAAAUCUUUUUGUUUUUUCUCCUUUUUCGUUUUGCAUCGUCGCAUUUCCUGUUUUUCUUUUUUAUUUUGGGGUGGGCAGGUGUUUUUCGGGGGUCUGAAUCAUGAAUAUGUUAACGAGGGUGUGUUUCCAUGGUGAUGGUGUAAUCGCAGUGAGGCGACUGUGGGACUGAAACACAGUGUUCAGGAUCGAAAUUAAUAUUUAUGAAGUUUGGAUCACUUAUUUUUGAAUAUUUGUCACAGUUUAACCCCCCCUCCUCCCCCCCGUGUUGAACUGCUGAACGAGUGCAUGAGUGUGUGUGUGUGGGUGUGUGUGUACGUACAUGUAUAAUAUGAUAUCGGACUGUAUAUAAAUCCAAGUGUUUUUUAUUCUAUUUACAAAAAACAAUGUCCACUGUUCCAUUUCCUGUUUGUAUUUAUGUCGGAGACGGAAGAACCUUUUGGAACAAAAUAAACCCUCGGCUGUGAUUUCAA